AUGCCUAUGUUAUCGGGAAUGCCCACAACCUUAUACCAAAUAAAACUGAAAACCAAAUCCGACCUACUGGACAAAACUUUCAUAGUAGAGGCCUCAAUCAAGGAAUUUCACUUCCAAAACACUUGGUACCAAACAAUAUGUCCAAUCUGCAAAGAUUCGAUUUUCAGAAGAGGCCCCCAGUGGUAUUGCAGUGUACAUGGACUAAUUGAAAAGCCAGGCUACAUAUACAAACUUACUGUUACCAUUGCCGACACAACGGAUACCAAACCCGCAAUAGUGUCCGAAACAUCAUGUCGUAAGCUAUUAAAAUCAUCACUCGAAAAAUUCAUAUCCGACAACCCGCUGACUAAUAGGAACACCUUGCCUUCAAUCAUGUCCGAUCAAAAAGAACAAACCAAGACCAUGUGUAUCCAAAUGCUAAGGGCAUUAACUCCUGACAAUAUCCGUUUCAUAAUAAUCGACAUCCAACAAUCAACUAUACCACCGGAAACACCCGUACCAACAACACCCGGACAAACACUAACGAAAAGAAUCCGAUCGGAUAACGAAACACCUGAGGCAAGUGAAUCUGCACGCCCUGUCGUACGCACCCUGACCUUUACUCCACCAGGUAAAAGAAAAUGUAAUAAUGUCAAAAGUAAACACCAAAUUACGAAAACCAUUACUAAUGUUUUCUAA